AGUCGAGCGAGCAUCUUUGGUCCCUUCCCAACGUCCUGCUUUAAUGGCCGCACCUAACGCGAGUCUUGCUACAGAGCCUGCUUUUCACUCUGUAUCACUCACACUCUCUCUCUACAUGGAAUCGCUUAGUUCCCACACUGUGCACUCUGAGCGUGCCGUGCGCUCCAGCUGAGUCGAGUUUGACUUGGCAACGGAAAGGAAAAGUAUAGAUGGAAAAGCAAACUUAAAGUGGGAGGAGUUGUUUGCUUCAAUCAUUCAAUCGCGUUGUGGGAAAACGAAAUCAGCUAGGGGAAUUCGAGUAUCAUUGCUGCAUUCGAUCCGUUGAUAUAGGUGAUGGAUCGACGCAGUUGGCCUUGGAAGAAGAAAACAUCGGAUAAAGCGGCAGUUUCGACCGAUACUGUCAUUGCAUCCUUGUUUAAUGCAAAUGGACAUCAAACAGAGAAGGCUGAGGCAAAGAACGAAAAAUUAAUACAAAUUACUUUGGAAUCAUACACACAUCUUAGUGGAUUGGAAGAUCAAGUCAAGUUCUUAAAUGAAAAACUGAUAUCCGCCCAAUUAGAGAUGUCUGGAAAGGAUGAUCUAGUAAAGCAGCAUGCUAAAGUUGCAGAAGAAGCAGUAUCAGGAUGGGAGAAGGCUGAAAAUGAAGCUUUAGUUCUGAAACAGGAGCUUGAAUCUGUCACAUUGCUUAAGAUUACUGCUGAAGAAAGAGCACUCCAUCUUGAUGGCGCUCUAAAGGAGUGCAUGAAACAAAUACGAAAUGUGAAGGAAGAAAGUGAACAGAAGUUACAUGAGGUGGUCUUGACGAAGACUAAACAGUGGGAAAACGUCAAGGCCGAGUUUGAUGUGAAAAUCAAUGAUUUUGAACAAAAACUACAAAAAGCAUUAGCUGAAAAUUCUGCACUCUCAAGAUCACUUCAAGAACGGUCUAGUUUGCUGAUGCACGUUAGUGAAGAAAAAUCUCAAGCAGAGGCUCAAAUUGAAGUACUAAAUAAUGAUAUACAUUCUUGUGAAAGGGAAAUAAAUUCAAUGAAGUACGAACUUCAUGUCAUCUCCAAAGAGCUGGAGAUUCGCAACGAAGAAAAGAACAUGAGUAUGAGAUCCGUCGAAGUUGCAACCAAGCAACACUUGGAGGAUGUCAAAAAGAUUACUAAGCUAGAAGCUGAAUGUCAAAGGUUACGUGGUCUUGUCCGAAAGAAGCUACCAGGACCUGCUGCAGUAGCUCAAAUGAAACUAGAAGUUGAAAAUUUAGGCAGAGAAUAUGGAGAAAACAAGUUGCGGAGGUCUCCUGCAAAGCAUUCUAGUUCUUACUCACCAGAGUUUGCUUCGGAAAAUGUUCCAAACGAGUUCCUCACUGCGAGAUUGUUGGCAAUGGAGGAAGAAAUGAAGAUGCUCAAGGAAGCAUUAUCAAAGCGCAACAAUGAGCUGCAGGCAUCAAGAAAUAUGUACGCUAAACAAGCAAAUAGGCUCCGCAGCAUUGAAACACAGAUGUUGGUUCUAAAUCAACACAAAGCAACUUCCAAACCUCAUAUUGAUUUCCAUUUUGAAAAUGAAAGCAACCCAGCUAGCUUGACCUCCAUAUCUGAAGAUGGUUUUGAUGAAGAAGGGAGUUAUUCUGGGUCUUUGUCUGCUGCAUUAAUCUCAGAGCUCUCACACUUGAAGAAAGAGAAAAACAUUGACAGGGUUCACACGGACGAGAGCUCAAGUCAUUUGGAACUUAUGGAUGACUUUUUGGAGAUGGAGAGAUUAGCAUGCUUAUCAACAAAGAGCAAUGUUGAUAUCAAGACGGCUAAUGGUUUUAAAACUAAAAAAGUGGGCUCCACCUCUUUGGUUUAUUCAGAAAAUCAAGGGGAUUUUAACGAACAGAAAUGUGCAGAUCCUGAAAUAUCACUGAAUUUUCUCACAGAGAAUGCUGCAAAUGAAAUCGAGCUUCCGCACUUGAAACUUAAAACAAGAAUAUCUUGCAUAUUUGAGUCUCAGACCCAUGAUGCUAAUAUGAAAAAUAUUAUAGACGAUAUUUUACAAAUUAUUCAGGAUGCACAACUCGAGUUGAUCAAUGAAGUGAAUGAAUCCACAGGUUACUUGGCUGAGCAAAACUAUUGUCAUAAUAAUAUUCAGAAAAUUACAGAUUAUGGAAUAUCUUCGAACGAAGUUGUCACUUCAUGCACUAAAGUUAAUUGCGUUCUUGACCAACAAUUGAAGGAUGCCAUUUCCCAUAUCCAUGAAUUUGUUCUGUCUUCGGGCAAAUAUACUGCAGAAAUGCAAAAUAGUGCUAAUGAAUUUGUAGGUAUAGGCAAAAAAAUUGAUGAGUUUUCUGCCUCUGUAGACAGGAUAAUGUGUGGAGAAGUAAGUUUGUAUGAUUUCAUUCUGGCUUUAUCCCAUGUACUAUGUGAAACCAAUGACCUUGGGUAUAGAAUGAAGACAGUGAAGGCAAAUGAAGGGGAGAGCAAUAAUUCAGAUUGCAUAGACAAAGAAACUUUAUUAGAGAAUAAUGUGGCUCAGCAUGGUGCAAUGAAAGAGAAUCUGUCUUUAUCUUCUUCAUUGGUUCCUCAUUCUUCCCUCAAUUCAGAAUUGGAAGGAUCCAUGGGUGUUGGAUUCGAGAUGAAGACCACAGUACCGGCACUCCCUCAGGUUAACUUUGAGCACCUGAAACUGGAGAAAGAGAAAAUGGAGAUUGAUUUUGCUGAUUGCAAAGAAAUGCUAAACCAAACAAAUUUUACUUUGAUAGAAACUGAGAAACAACUAACAGAGCUUAAAUCAGAGUUAGCUUCUUGUCAGAAGUCGAACAGCUUGCUUGAGACUCAGUUGAAGUGUAUGGUUGAGUCUUAUAAGGUUUUGGAAUCUCAAAAGGAUGAACUAGAGGCUGAGUUUGUCCGUCUGCAUGCAAAAGCUGAAACUUUGAAUAAUGAGCUACAGGAGGAAAAACAUUGUCGCCAAGAAGAUAUUGCUAAAUACAAUGAACUUAAAGAGCAAGUGGAACGGAACUCGAAGUGGUCAACUAGCCCACUGUAUUCUAGUGUUGAUAAUUCAAAAACCCAACAGGAAAUAGAUAUAGCUGCAGCUGCAGAGAAGCUAGCUGAAUGUCAGGACACCAUUUUUCUUCUCAGCAAACAACUGCAGUCAAUGCGAAAUCCAUCAGAACCAACAGACUCUUCUCCAAACCGCAGACCUCGGCUUGGUGAUGCCAUGAACGAUGAAAAAGAUCAAGCCAUCUCUGGUCCGCGGAUUUCAGAUCAAGGCGAGCAGACAUUGCAGACCGGCGGAGAAUCUCCAUUAAAUUUAUACAACUCCAACUCCCACAUGAGCCAAUCCGACUCAGAACCAAGCCCCUUUGCCAAGUCACCCAUCAGCAUGAAGCAACAGAGUAGUAAGAGUCAGAGAUCAUCAUCUUCGUCGGGCGAGAAACACGGCCGAGGAUUUAGCAGAUUCUUCUCCAGAGAGAAGAAUAUUGAGCAUUAAAUCAUAAUUGUUCAACUUCUGCCCAAGGAAACUACCCAUGGCUCAUUUGUAUCUAAUGAAAGGAAAAAAAAAAAAAAUUG